CCUUGCCCCGCUGUACCUGGGAGUGGACGGCGCCGGAGGCGCACGCACCUCCUAUGGCUCCGGCGGCCCCGGGACCUCACGGGGGGACGAGCGCGUCCCCAACGCUCCCAGGACUAGACCCACGACGGCGGAGUGCGCUGCCUGUGCUCUGGCUGCUGCUCCUCCUGACCCCCUGGUGCUCAGCUCCUGUUGGCUGCAUCCAGGUCACGGUGUCCAAGCCCUUCCAAGUGGUCAUCCUCUUCCAGCCGGUGACCCUUCCCUGCUCCUACCAGGUGUCAGGAGUGCCCACCCCCCCUAUCGUCCUCUGGAAGUAUAAGUCCUUCUGUCGGGAUCGCAUUGCGGAUGCUUUCUCCUCAGCCAGCUCUGACAGCCAGCUCAACGCCCAACUUGCUGCUAGCAACUCAGGCUACAACCCCUAUGUGGAGUGUCAGGACAGCUCCCGAACAGUGAGGGUGGUGGCCACGAAGCAGGGGAACGCCGUGACUCUAGGCGAAUUCUACCAAGGGCGACGGAUCACAAUCACUGGGGAUGCCGACCUGACCUUUGACCAGACUGCCUGGGGAGACAGUGGCGUCUACUACUGCUCUGUGGUUUCUGCUCAGGACCUCCAAGGCAACAAUGAAGCUUAUGCUGAGCUCAUCGUCCUCGGCAGGACCUCAGGGGUGGCUGAACUCUUACCAGACUUUCAGAUAGGGUCCAUGGAAGACUGGCUCUUUGUGGUCGUUGUCGUCCUGGCUGCCUUCUUGGUCUUCCUCCUCUUGGGCAUCUGCUGGUGCCAGUGCUGCCCUCACACAUGUUGCUGCUAUGUACGCUGUCCGUGCUGCCCAGAUAAAUGCUGCUGUCCCGAGGCCCUGUAUGCUGCUGGUAAAGCUGCCACCUCAGGGGUCCCAAGCAUUUACGCACCCAGUGUCUAUGCACCCAGCACCUAUGCUCACCUCGCUCCAGUCAAGGCUUCUUCCCCUCCACCUAUGAUCACAAUGGGUCCUGUCCACAACGGCUUCACGGGGGAUUUUGACCGACAAAGCUCAGUUGGUGGCCACAGCUCCCAGGUGCCCCUUCUUCGUGACACAGACAGUACCAGAAAUUCAGAAGUAAGAAGUGGUUAUCGGAUCCAGGCCAACCAGCAGGAUGACUCCAUGAAGGUGUUGUACUACAUGGAGAAGGAGCUGGCUAAUUUUGACCCUUCCCGGCCUGGCCUGCCAAAUGGCCGUGUGGAGAGGGCCAUGAGUGAAGUGACAUCCCUUCAUGAAGAUGACUGGCGCUCCAGGCCCCACCGAGGCCCUGCCCUCACCCCCAUCCAAGAUGAAGAUUUGGACUACCGAUCCCAAAGGAGCCCAGGAGGAUGGGAGAGGGAACGGGAGCGGGAUCGGGAGCGAGAGCGUCCCCGAGAUCGGGAGGGACGCUGGGAAGCCGGGCGGCCCCGAGCUCACUCGGUGGAUGCCCUGGAUGACUUGGGCAGACCCAGCUCCGUGGAAUCAGGAAGGACAUCCCCUUCGGAAAGGAGCCGGGGCCGGCCUUAUGCACCUCCCCGAAGCCGCAGCAGGGAUGACCUCUACUCCCGAUCUGGAGACCCCUACUAUGAUGAUUUCAGGUCCCGGGGCAGACCCCUGGAUGAUGCUCGCCGGGACCCACAUGGGAGCUACAGCCGGUCCAGAGACCCCGAGUAUGAUGGGCGGCUCUUGGAAGAUGUGCUAAGAAAAAAGGAGGUGGGGGAGAGGAGGAGACCCCACAGGGAAGAGGAGGAGCCCUAUUACCCCCCAGCUCCCCCUCCCUACACUGAAACGGAGUCACAGUCCUCCAGAGAAAGGAGACUCAAGAAGAACCUAGGCCUGAGCCGGGAAAGUCUGGUGGUCUGACUCGCCGUUCACUUCGACUUUUGUAGUUUUUAUGUUUUUUUAAUGUGUGUUUGGGGGAGAGGGGGAGUCUCUCUUCUGCUUAUGCUCAAUAAAGUUUUUAAUCUCUUGG